AUGGCUUUGAUUAGCCGAAAAAGUUUCCAGUUUUGUUCAUCCAGCACACCUACAAGCAGGUCCCUUUUGAUGACACUAAACAAAAGGUUGAGCUUUAUGUGUGGGCAGCAAAAGCCUGAGAACUGUAGCUCCAUAGCCAUGAGGAUGGUAUGCCUCAAAGAUAAAUCUCAGUAUGUGUUUUGCAGAAAAAAACACGUACAACUGCAGAUCCAGUCUCUUUCUGUUAAUGAAACUCUGCAUCUCUGUGGAGACACUGGGAGCGAUGCUAAAUCUAAUACUGUGUGGAUGGAUGGACAACUGUUUUUCAGGAAGCUGAACAGCCUUUGCACGUCGAAAGAGAUUUUUGACUUUCUUAGCUCUCUGGAAGUUAUGUCUGAUACUAUGGCAUCAGGAGCACUGCAGAGAAUUUCUGAAAUUGAAGUGGAUGACAAGGGUUUGAAAAAGCCAGAAGGAGUGUUAGAGAAUGAAGUUUUCAGGGCAUUAUGCUUCCAGUUUGAAUUUGAAUCCUCAAAACUGUCAAACGCUGGCCUGCUGAACGCAUUGCAAGCUUUGAUAAAACUACGUAUAGAUCCCCAGAGUACACUGGUGGCAACUUUGCUUUCAGAGGGUGAGAAACGGCUUGGUAAGGGACAAUUGUCAGUUAAAAAUCUAUGUAUUCUUGGAGAGAGUUUGCUUGAGUUGGAAAAUCCAAGUUCUGCAACACUGGAACAAAUUAUGAACCACAUGCAAGAAAAGGACAUUGAAAAGUGGACUCCUAGGGAGAUGGUGUUGGUUUAUAAGAUACUGCAGGUGAUUGUCAGGGAAGGUAAACAACACCAAGACUUGAUAAAGAGAAUGAACAGUGUCACUUUAACUAUAGUUUCCCAGCUAAGCCCAAAGUGCACAAGCAUCAUACUGAAUUCACUGGUUGUUCUUAAUCAGACUCAGGCAGUUCCCUUAGUCACAGCACUAUGUAAACAUUCUGUGAAGCAUAUUCCGUAUUUCAUAGGUGAUGAACUGGUAGAUAUACUGGAAGCCUUCCUCUACUUUGGAUAUCGUGAACAAAUUUUCACAGAGGCACUGGAAACACAUGUUCCCAAGUCCAUCUUUACUAUGCAUCCUCAAACAGUCAGCAAAGUCAUGCAGUAUUGCUGCCGAAAGCUGAUCCUUUCUAAGCCCAUCUUUGAUGCGGUGGCAGAAAGUUUCAUUUCUAAUGGUGACAGAUUUACCACUGACCAGAUUGCUGGGUAUAUUGUACCAUUUGGGACCCUUAAUUAUCUGCCUCCAAGUGCUUCUUCCUUGUUUAGGAAGCUUGAAACCAUAUUGCAUACUCGUCUUAGUCACUUUGAGCCUCACACUUUGCUGAACCUGCUGCACUCAUGUGUCCUUGUUCAACGUUACCCAUUAAAUUUUCUGCCGAAAAUAUUUAGUCCCUAUUUUCUGCAUCAGCUUCAAGCUCAGCCACCUGGUUUGGACAGAAUUGUUACCUCUCAGCUAAUCCAGCUCUUUCUGACUGUUACCUUGGAGUGCCCAUUUUAUGAGGGUCCCAAACUCCUUCCAAAGAAUCAAUUAAAGGGCUUUGUCAUGCCUCGCAGUUCUCUGGAUGUUCACCUCCUCAAAAGGGUGAAGAGUGGAUUACUUUAUUUACUGAAAAAAAGAACAUAUUUUGCAUCAGGGGUAUCAACACCAUAUUUCUAUAAAGUUGAUAUUGAGAUUAAAUUAGAUGAAGAUGGGUUUGUAUUGCCUGCUGCCCAAUGUGAAGAGGUACACAGAAGAAUUGCCCUCUGUGUUGAUGGUCAAAGUAGAUUUUGCGUUAAUAGCCAUAAUCUGUUGGGAGAAGAAGCUAUUAAACAGAGACAUCUUCAGUUGCUUGGUUAUGAAGUUGUACAGAUUCCAUUUUUUGAGAUAGAAAGUCUACAAAAUUGCAGAGAAAUGGCAGAAUAUCUACACAAAAAAGUAUUUCCUCUCAUCCAUACAGACUCAGCUGACAACACUGGAGAAUAAUACUAAAUCACAGGUUGACCUUCUGCACUAUAAAUAUUGUGCAUGGAAGAAAAAAUCUGUUUUCUAAAUAACUCAGAAUAAUUUGAGCUUCUGAAUGUGAGU